UCAGUGCAUAUUCUAUAAAAUAAGAUGAAUCCAGAAAAUUAGCAAUUAUUGUUUGUUAACCAAAUUCGACACUCAUUGACCACCAAAAUUCCUCACUUUAUUGGUUUAUUGUCGUGGACAAAUUAUGGUCGGAGUAAAACCUCUUACUCCGCCACUUCCGCUGUCUGUUGUAACAGAACGGCCUGGAAGUGGGAGGAAUUUGCUGGAACACCGAACGAAGCUCAACGACAGCACAGAAAGAACAACUCACGUUUAUUUUUUUUUACGGGGGUUCUUCAAGUGACUCAUGGCGGCAAGUGAUGCCGACUCGACCAACCUGCUACCCUUGAUGGGCUCUCUUUACACGGACAGAAGAAAACACACUAUGGAAUCAUCCAAAUCACCCAGAAGCUCCAAACACCAUCCUUCCCGAUCAAGGUCACACUCCAGGGACCGAAAACGCAAAUCAAGUGACAAAAAGCACAGACGAAGUCGGAGCAGGAGCAAAGAGGCACAAAGGAGGGACUCUGAGAAGCCAUCAAAAUCUCACAGCAAGCAGGAUGAUCAGCCGGAGCAGACUGAGAGGGGCAGGGAGAGACUUUCUGCAGAGAACGGGGAGGAGCGACACCGGCGCAAAGACAAGAAGGGACGGAGCCACUCCAGGUCACACUCAUGUGACAGGCGUCAUCGCAGCAGAAGUCGGGACAAACUGAGAUCGCGUUCCCCGCGGGAGAAGAAGAAGAGGGUCAGGUCCCGGUCGGGCUCAAAGACCAAACACCGCCGCAGGAGCAAAAGCAGGGAGCGGAAGAAGGAGAAAGUGCACAGAAAAGAGAAGAGUCGUAGCAGGUCUGUGAGCCCCCAGGCUUUCCGGGGCAGAAACACUGCCAUGGACGCACAAGAGGCCCUGGCCAGAAGGUUGGAAAGGGCAAAGAAACUGCAAGAGCAGAAAGAAAAGGAUAUGUUGGAGAAACAGCAGCAUCAGGAGGUACCUGCAGUGCCAGCCCCCCUGCUGUCUGACACAGUAGUAGUUGCUGCUGCAGCUGCUACCCACCCUGUCCUCAACGUGGCAGCUCUCCUGGCCUCUGGGACACAGGUCACGCCCCAGAUCGCCAUGGCAGCGCAGAUGGCAGCCCUACAAGCCAAAACCUUAGCAGAGACUGGCAUUGCUGUGCCCAGCUAUUACAAUCCUUCGGCUGUCAACCCCCUGAAGUUUGCAGAGCAGGAGAAGAAAAGGAAGAAGCUCUGGCAGGGAAAGAAGGAAGGAGACAAGUCCCAGACAGCUGAGUUGUGGGAGAAGCUCAACUUUGGAAAUAAGGACCAAAAUGUUAAAUUUCGGAAACUGAUGGGCAUCAAAGGGGAAGAGGAAGGUGAGGCCUCAAAGCCACUCAACGACGAAGGCCUGAAGACCCUGCAGCAGCAGGAGGAGAUGUUCCAUAACCUUGACCUUCAGUACGAGAUGGCCAGGUCCCAGACCCACACUCAGAGAGGCAUGGGACUAGGCUUCGGCUCUUCAUUCUCACGGGGCAUGGACGCGAUCUAAUGCCAAACCAUGCACCGGCUUGCCCUAUUUUCUUCCUCAUAGGUCUCUCCUCAUAGCUAGCACUCAAGCUUGCAUGGAUGUUGUUGCAUUGGAUCUGUAAUUUAUUUAGAAACAAUCUCAUGUCUUGGAACAUUCCCAUGUAAAUAGAUACUGAGUGUUAAGAAAUCUGUACAUCUUUUCAGAAUGAUGCAGUAGUUUGAGUGAUGCUGGCUAGAUUUAGACUUCUGUUAGAAAUGUGAUUGCAUAUUGUUUUUUACUCAAAUUGUAUACAUUUUUAAUGGUAGAUCAAGUGAAAUAAUUCUGUUUACAUAUAUUUACCAAGAGUCUUUACAAAUGGCUUCAGAUCAUAAUCUCAAAAUGUAGCCAUUAUCAUCUUUCUGUUUCCUUUCUACUGAAUGGAAAUGUAAGAGUGGAUCAUACUACUAAUGGAAGGAGUGAACAAUAGUGUUACAUAUGUUCUUGAAAUAAAAGUCCCUUUGUGUU